GUAGCAGGUCUUGGAAUGGUGCUGGAAGGAAACCCUGAAGUGGGAGCCCCGCGGACCUCAGACCUCCAGCACCCGGGGAACAAGGGCUCUUGCAUCCUCUCUUCUCCUAGUGAAGAAGCACUGCCAGGCGAGGAACCCAUCAAGUAUGGUGAACUCAUCGUUCUGGGUUACAAUGGGUGUCUGGCAAGUGGGGACAAGGGCCGCCGCCGAAGCCGCCUGGCACUGAGCCGCCGGCCACAUGCCAACGGAGUGAAGCCAGAUGUCAUGCACCACAUCUCCACGCCACUCGUCUCCAAGGCCCUGAGUAACCGAGGCCAGCACAGUAUCUCAUACACACUGUCCCGGAGCCACUCAGUCAUAGUGGAGUACACACAUGACAGCGACAAAGACAUGUUCCAGAUUGGCCGCUCUACUGAAAACAUGAUUGACUUUGUGGUAACAGACACAUCUCCUGGCGGAGGGGCUACAGAGGGUCCUUCUGCCCAAAGCACCAUCUCCCGCUAUGCCUGCAGAGUCCUCUGUGACCGCCGGCCACCCUAUACUGCCCGCCUCUAUGCUGCUGGCUUUGAUGCCUCUAGCAACAUCUUUCUUGGAGAGCGGGCGGCCAAGUGGCGGACUCCUGAUGGUCUGAUGGAUGGCUUGACAACCAACGGGGUUCUGGUGAUGCACCCAGCAGGUGGCUUCUCUGAGGACUCUGCCCCGGGUGUCUGGAGGGAGAUUUCUGUCUGCGGGAAUGUGUACACACUGCGGGAUAGCCGAUCAGCCCAGCAGCGGGGGAAGCUGGUGGAAAAUGAAUCCAACGUCCUGCAAGAUGGUUCGCUCAUCGACCUGUGUGGGGCCACACUGCUGUGGCGCACUCCGGCAGGGCUGCUGAGGGCACCCACACUGAAACAACUGGAGGCCCAGCGACAGGAGGCUAAUGCAGCACGGCCCCAGUGUCCUGUGGGCCUCAGCACCUUGGCCUUUCCCAGUCCAGCCCGUGGCCGCACCGCACCUGACAAGCAGCAACCCUGGGUCUACGUCCGUUGUGGUCACGUCCAUGGCUAUCACGGCUGGGGCUGCCGGAGGGAGCGAGGCCCCCAGGAGCGCGAGUGUCCUCUCUGCCGCCUUGUGGGACCCUAUGUGCCCCUGUGGCUUGGCCAGGAGGCCGGUCUCUGCCUGGACCCUGGGCCACCCAGCCACGCUUUUGCACCCUGUGGCCACGUCUGUUCUGAGAAGACUGCCCGUUAUUGGGCCCAGACACCGCUGCCGCACGGCACCCAUGCUUUCCAUGCCGCCUGCCCCUUUUGUGGGGCUUGGCUCACCGGGGAGCUUGGCUGUGUCCGCCUAAUUUUCCAGGGGCCACUGGACUAGGCUCUCCAGGGUCCUUGCUGCCAUGCCCGCCUGCCCACCCAGGUCCCCCACCUCCUGCUGUUCAGAGGGAGCUCUGCAUGUGGGACUCUGCCUGCUGGCAAUAACCACACCAGUUGGAGGCACUGGAUGGGCUGUGGCCCUUCCCUCAACUCUAGCCUCUGAGAGGGUCCCUGAGAUCUCUAUCCCAGUCAUACUGAUAGGGACUUUAGCACCAGCUCCGCCCUGGGCUGAUGGAGAACACCCCACAUCAUGCCGCAUACACUGUGCCCCUGGGGGAAUGAAGGGACCAUGGCCCCUGACUUCCAGCUUAGACUGGUUGUGCUCUGAAUUUGCCAAUCCAGUAACAGCUAUUCCUCCCUCC